AUGUAUAAUCCGUAUGGGAAUACCGAGGCUUAUCUGCCACUGGCGUAUGAUCAACAGAAUUUGCAUCACCCGCAACCCCAUCAUGCGGCUUAUCAACAAGGUUACCAACAACAGGGCAGGCAGCAGCAACAACAUCCACAACAACAACAGCAACAACAACAACCGGGAUUUCAACAACUGAACUUUGUUCAACAGGGGUAUCAACAGCAAGGUGCAGUGAGUGGUCUGAGAGAUGGCCCUGGUGGAGAUGGAGCUGGAAUAGGUGGUAAUGCUGGCCAAGGUGGCCAGUUUCCCAAUUUCUUGAACGACCCUGCAGCAGCGUUGGCUUCCCAAUUUGCAAAAAAUGGAUUUAAUACAUCUAAUCAAUACAUCCAACAAAAUUUUGGACUGUUUAUAGGAGGAACAAGUGAUUUAAAAUACUAUUUCCUGGUAAGCAAUUCUUACGUGCUUCGCAAACUCCUCAUUGUACUCUUUCCUUAUCACAACAAGACCUGGGGUCGAUUAUCUACAACAGAUAUACAAGGAGACUCGAGCUCGCUGUUACAAUUUGCCACACCGCUGUACGAUGUGAACGCACCUGAUCUUUAUAUUCCAUUGAUGUCUUUUGUCACCUACAUUUUACUUUGGGCUUGUUUCCAAGGCUUGAAAGGUGACUUCCAUCCUCAAGUAUUCGGCUAUUUAGCAUCUCAGACAGUCGCUUGUUCGUUCUUAGAUAUAUUAAUCUUUAAAGUUGGACUUUAUUUAUUAAAUUGUUCAACACAGAGCUCAAUCUGGGACUUGAUUAGUUUCUCGGGUUACAAAUACGUAUCUAUCAUAGUAUUACUCUGCUGGAAGCACUUGUUUGGUAAUGGAUGGUUUACAUAUUACCCAGUUGUCUUUUUUUUAAUCACGAACUUGGCUGUUUUCUUAAUGAGAUCAUUAAAGUUCCUUGUGUUGCCCAAUAGUAUUGAUGGAACUGCCACUAAUAGUGUCACAGCUAAGCAAAGGAAGAUUAGAAUUCAAUUUUUAUUUCUAUAUUCGGUUGUUGUGCAGGGUAUAGUCAUUUUAUUUAUGGGAAGAUGA